AUGCCCCCCUCACAACCCCUAACCCUCAUCGUGGCCACGACCCCAAUCCGCACAAGCGAAAACCUCCCCACCCGCCUCGGCAUCGGCCUGCACGGCACCCUCCCCUGGCCGCGCAUAAAAGCAGACAUGGCGUUCUUCGCGCGCGCGACAUCGCGGCCCCCUCGCCCCGGAACCACAAACGCGAUCAUCAUGGGCCGCAAGACCUACGACUCGCUGCCUCAGAACCUCCGCCCGCUCGCGAAGCGCAUCAAUGUUGUGAUUACGAGGGAUAGUACUGGUUCUGUGCGGGAACGGAUAAUGAGGGAGUUGGAGGCGAAGAGGGCGAAGGCUGCUGCUGCUGAGCAGGCUCAGGCGCAAGCUCAGAAACAAGAGCAGGCGCAGGCGCAGACAGAUGCUCUCGUGAGUACAGGGCUGGAGGACGCGCUGGCGAGUUUGGAGGGUGGCUACGGGGCGGAGGGGAGACUGGGGAAUGUAUUUGUGAUUGGUGGGGCGGAGAUAUAUGCUUCUGCGUUGCGGAUGAGCGAGACACAACCGCUGCGGAUUGUGAUGACGAAUGUGGAGAGGGUGGAUGGGACGGAGUUUGAGUGUGAUACUUUCUUCCCAGUAGAUAAGGAGCUUGCGGCUGGGGGGAAGUGGAGGAUGGCGAGCGAGGAGGAGGUGUCCGGGUGGGUGGGCGAGGAAGUCUCGUCGAAAUGGAGGGAGGAGGGCGAUGUGCGGAUCCAGAUGGUGGGUUAUGAACGGAUAUUGUAG